AUGGAUUACCAGACGGCAUCUUCAGCCGCAGCGACUGCCCCUCCUCCUGCACCUUCCGGUGCGGUCGAUCCCCAUCAGUACUGCGAUGAUGCUUCUUCGGUUACCAGAUCUCUUGCCUACCAUCUUCCUGUGCAAGAGGUCCCAACUGCCAAUCCAUACUACUACCAACCGCAGCCGACCGAAAUGUGGAAUAUUGGACAGUUUCCAUGUAAUUUCCAAACUCCAGCGGUCCCACAAUCUUCCCAAAUUCAUCCGCGACAUUUGCUUUACGGACAACAGAGCCUUGCUCACUGUGGCAUGGGUACGUUCUGUGAAACUCAAAAUGAAUAUUUAUUCAUUAUCAUCAGCACAAUGCUAAGACUACAUUCGGUAGUCAUGCUUGGUGUUACUUUGUGUAGAAUUUUGUGA